AUGUGGGCAUUGAAAGUGCUAGAUGCUUGGGGAAAACCAUUACCAUCUGGUUUAUUAAAAGGAAAUACUUAUUGGGUUGGUGAUUAUGAUGAAUGUAUACAACCAAUGUAUUUGCCAAAUAAUAAAACAUUUCUAUCACAACCAUUUAAUACACAAUAUUGUACCCUUACAAUGAAAGCAUCUCCAAUAGGUCCAAACGUAAUGCUUUCUCUUGUUCUUGGUCUUUGUAUUCCAUCAUCAUGUGAUCGACAAGAAGUUGUUUCUUUGAUUGAUACACUAUUUAAUAAUAGUAAUAUAACAAAAGAUAAUCUUGCUUGUUCAAAUGAUCCUCCUAAUGGACAAAUAGGUCUAACUCAUGGAGCAAUAGCAACUAUUAUUAUUCUUUUAUUUUUGGGCUUAUUGGUCUUGAUAGGAACAAUCUUCGAUCUUAUUUUUAUGUUAAAAGUUGAUUCAGCUGAUAAUAUGAUUACAUAUAAGAAUGGAUAUGCUCAUUUUGAAAAUGCCGAAACACCUGAAAAUGAACCGGUAAACUCAUCGAAAGAUUCACUUCAAGUAUUGAUUCUUCCUAAACCUCAUAUAGUUUUCUUAGCUGAAUUUUCCGUUUUAAAAAGUCUUCGCCGAAUAUUUACGAUGAAACAGACGAAUGAUAAUAAUGCAUUUCUAUUUAUCAAUGGAAUUCGAGUUUUAGCUUUGUUUUGGGUUAUUAUUGGACAUUCAUUAGGCUUUGGCUUCACGUAUACAAGCAAUAUAGUAGACGUACUUGCUUGGACUCGUAAUAUAGCAUUUCAAUUGAUUAUUAAUGCAUUUCUAAGUGUUGAUACAUUCUUUGUACUUAGUGGUUUCUUAACAGCUGUGAUAUUUGUUCGACAAGUAGAAAAAGAAGGAAAAUUAUCUUUUCGUCUAAUAUUUCUUUACUAUAUUCAUCGAUAUAUUCGAUUGACACCAGCAUUUCUUCUAAUAGUUCUUGUAAGUAUUAAUUUAACACCAUAUUUUGGUCAUGGUCCUGUCUAUCCAACACAACAAGGAUUUGAAUCGACUGAUUGUCGCACAAAAUAUUGGUGGACAUCUAUUCUUUAUAUUGGUAAUUUAGUGAAUCCAGAUAGUAUGUGUUUAGGUCUUUCAUGGUAUCUUUUUAAUGAUAUGCAAUUUCAUUGGAUUGCACCUUUAACUUUAAUUCCAUUUGUCUUGGGACGAAAAUCAUUAUCUUUUCUUCUUACUAUUCUUUUAAUUUUGAUUGGUAUUGGAUCAAUUUUAAUUACUGUACUUUAUUAUUCUGAGAUGCCAUUAGGUAGUUUAACUGCAUUCACUAAUACUAAUGGUCCUACCUUCUUCAAAAAAAUUUAUGUUACACCAUGGUGUCGAAUAUCUCCAUAUGCUGUUGGUAUGCUAACUGGAUAUUGUGUCAUUAAUGCUGGUCGUCAAUAUCGAAUUAAUAGAUAUGCCAAAGGUUUUGGAACUAUGUUUGUUGGUAUGAUUGCUUUAGUUUGUCUAUUUGUGACAUAUCCUGAUUCUAUUCUUACAAAUGGCCUAAGUCGUCCAGUGCUAGUUGCAUAUCAAUCACUAUCACGAACAUUUUGGUCAAUUGUUAUUGGAUGGAUUUUGUUUUUAUGUAGUAUGAAUCAAGGUGGAAUAGUCAAUAAAAUUCUGUCAUGGCCUAUUUGGUCUCCUUUUGCUAAACUUAACUAUUCAUGUUAUCUCGUACAUGCUACAACUAUUUUUAUAAUUAUAUUCAAUCAAAUCACGCCUUUCUAUUAUCAAGGACAUCUUGUUGUAAAUAAUUUUGUUUCACAUAUAUUUUUUAGUUAUGCAUCGGCGACUUUAGUUGCGAUUUUUUUUGAAACACCUUUUUUCAUUAUUGAAAAGAAACUUUUCAAACGAUAA